AUGGCGGGGCGAUCUGUGUCUGGCAUUACCAGAAGAGUCUUCAUGUGGACAGUCUCAGGGAUAACACGUAGAGAAUUUUGGUCUCGAUCCAGAAAAGAGAAAGUGCCAGUGGUUGCUGAGACAGAAGAGGUGAAAAAGGAACCUAUUGCAGUGUGUCCACCCUUACGAAGCUGAGGAUACUCACCACCUGCAGUCCAGAGUCAUUUUGAAUCUUAUGUUAAAGAAGCUUUUGGUUCAUCUCUUCCUGGUAAUUGGCAAGACAUCUCCCAGGAAGAUGGUCAUCUAAAGUUCAAUCUCUUGGCACAUUUAGCUGAUGACUUGGGUCAUGCAGUCUCUAACUCCAGACUCCCCCAGAUGUGCAGGGUUAGAAAUGUUCUUGAUUUCUAUAACGUCCCUAUUCAAGAUAGACCUAAAUUUGAUGAACUCGGUGCCAGUAAUCUGCCCCCCAGUUUGAAAAUCACUUGGAGUUACUAAGCAAUUCGGAAGAGAAA